AUGCAGGAGGUUUUAGAUGAACAUCAGAUCAGUCUGAGCAGCACAUGUGAAUCUGUGCCUGACGGAAUCGAUGAAAGAAAAAAUAAAACCCCCCUCAACAGCAUCUUCACUGAGGUCUACAUCACAGAGGGACAGAGUGAAGAGGUUAAUACCCAACAUGAGGUGAAGCAGCUUGAGAGAGCUUCCAGGAUGGAGACCCUCCAUGAUACUCCAAUCAAGUGUCAGGACAUCUUUAAAGUCUUACCUGACCAACACAAACACAUCAGAGUCAAACAGAAACCUAUCAGAGUGGUUCUGAUGAACGGUGUCGCUGGCGUUGGAAAAACCUUCUCAGUGCAGAAGUUCACUCUGGACUGGGCACAGCGCUCCAACAACCAAGAUAUCAGUCUGCUGAUUCUGUUCUCGUUCAGGGCGCUGAACUUGAUCAAAGAUAAGCAGCACAGUCUGCUCAUGCUGAUCCGUGUUUUCUAUCCAACAUUACAGAAGCUCAAAGCAGAGAUGCUCGCUGUCUGUAAAGUUUUGUUCAUCUUUGACGGCCUGGAUGAAAGCAGACUUUCACUGGAUUUCAAUAACAGUGAGGUUGUGUCUGAUGUCACACAGAAGUCAUCAGUCAGCGUGUUGCUGACAAGCCUCAUCAAGGGGAAGCUGCUUCACUCAGCUCUUGUCUGGAUAACUACCAGACCUGCAGCAGCCAGUCAGAUCCCUCGGACACAUAUUGACAGGGUAACAGAAGUACGAGGCUUCACUGACCCCCAGAAGGAGGAGUACUUCAGGAGGAGAUUCAGUGAUGAAGAGCAGUCCAGCACCAUCAUCUCACACAUCAAGACAUCCAGGAGCCUCCACAUCAUGUGUCACAUCCCAGUCUUCUGCUGGAUCACUGCUACAGUUCUGGACCACAUGUUGACUACAGACCAGAGAGGAGAGCUGCCCAAGACCCUGACUGACAUGUACUCACACUUCCUGCUGGUUCAGACAAAGAGGAAGAAGAACAAGUAUGAUGAGGGACAUGAGACGAGUCCACAGGAGCUGACGGAGGCUGAAAGGAAACUUCUUCUGAAGCUGGGGAGGCUGGCGUUUGAACAACUGGAGAAAGGAAACAUCAUGUUCUACCAAGAAGACCUGGAGCAGUGUGGUCUUGAUGUCACAGAGGCCUCUGUGUUAUCAGGAGUUUGUACACAGAUCUUCAAAAGAGAGAGUGUGAUCUUCCAGAAAACAGUCUACUGCUUUGUUCAUCUGAGCAUUCAGGAGUUUCUGGCUGCAGUCUACUUGUACCACUGUUUCACCAACAGCAACACAGAGGUACUGGAGGACUUCCUGGGAAAAAAAUACAGUGACCUAUCUCUGGAUGUCUUCCUGAUGGAAGCCAUGGAGAAAUCCCUUGAGAGUAAAAAUGGCCAUCUGGACCUGUUUGUUCGCUUCCUGCAUGGCCUCUCUCUGGAGUCCAACCAGAGUCUCUUAGGAGAUCUGCUGGGUCAGACAGACAACAGUCCAGAAACCAUCCAGAAAGCUAUCAAAAACCUGAAAGAGAAAAAGACCCAAGUCUUGCCUGACAGAAGCAUCAACAUCUUCCACUGUCUGAUAGAGAUGAACGACCGCUCAGUACAUCAGGAGAUCCAAGAGUUCCUGCAGACAGAGAACAGACCAGCGAAGAGACUCGCUGAUAUCCACUGCUCAGCUGUGGCCUACAUGCUGCAGAUAUCAGAGGAGGCUCUGGAUAUGUUAAACCUUAAGACGUACAUCACAUCAAGGGAUGGACGACUAAGAUUGAUCCCAGCUGUGGGGAACUGCAGAAAAGCUAAACUUGAUCGCGUUGGACUCUCAGAGACUCAAUUUGAAGUCGUGGCCUCAGCUCUAAGGUCCAACCCCUCCCUUCUGAGAGAACUGGACCUGAGCUACAACAACAAGCUGCGGGAUUCAGGAGUGAAGCUGCAUGACUUUCUGGCGAGUCCACACUGUAGACUGGAGAGUCUGAGAUUGAGGUGGUGCAGUUUGUCCGAGAUCAGCUGUGGUUCUCUGGUCUCAGCUCUGACGGUCAACCCCUCCCAUCUGAGAGAGCUGGAGCUGAGCUGGAACAAGCUGCAGGAUUCAGGAGUCGAGCUGUUGUGUGCUUUUCUGGAGAGCCCACACUGUGGACUGGAGACUCUGGGGUUGAGUCACUGUGGUUUGUCAGAGAUCAGCUGUGCUUCUCUGGCCUCAGCUCUGAAGGUCAACCCCUCCCACCUGAGAGAGCUGGAUCUGAGCGGAAACAAGCUGCAGGAUUCAGGAGUGAAGCUGCUGGGUCAUCUUAUGGAGAGUCCAGACUGUAAACUGAAGAUUCUGAGAUUGAAGUGAUGAUCUCUGUCAGAGUGAGAGUGAACAUCCAGGAGUGUUGAGAGAGGAUCAGCUGAAUCCUGAUGAUCCAUCUGGA